CGAAACAGUGUGGUGUGUACUCUUUCCUUUUGCUUGGAAGCAAGGUAAGCAAGUGAUGAGAUGCCUGCUUCAAAGUCCUGCAAACUAGAGAUUGCCUCCCUCUUAAUCCAAUCCAUUCGUCUGAAGAAUAUAAAUAUAUGAUGCUAUAGAAGUACUACUAUUGUUUGAGUUGGAUUGGUGAUAAACCAUGGAGUGCAAGCAACAAGAGAAGUAGUAUGUGAAGUGCAGGAAGCAUUGAUUGAGCAGGGUAGGUUGCUUGAGCAGUGAUAUACUGCUACAGCAGCAUGAAAGUAACGCCCAUCGAUCGUGUGCGGGUGCAGUCGCACUUUUUUAACUUUUUUUUUUGAGAACUUUGUUAACUUUUGUAGAGGUCUGAUAUAUACUCUGAUAGUGAAAAGAGUGAAGUAUUAUUUAAUGUACUUUUAAUUUAAUGAUGUCCCAGCAGCUUAAUUUGAGAGUUUGGCAGAAGUACGCAUGAAUUGUAUGUGUCAAGUGAUCGAUGGUUAUAAAUACGGACACCGUGAUGGAGUGAUCGAUCUAAAAAUGCAGAGUAUAAGUACUACUCCUGUGGUAGUACAGUACAACACAGUAGGUGAGCACUUGAGCUGCUGCUGCUAAGGAAAGAAAAGAAGAUUGGUAGAAUCAAGAAGAAGAAGAAGGAUACCACCAGUUCAUUCUUAUUGAUCCUGUAGUACGAGCGUAUAUAUUUCUUCCAAGAAGAAGAAGAAGAAGAAGAAGAAGAGAUUGGGUGCAAUGGUGCAAGGUGCGAGCGGCGGAGGAUGGUCAUCGAAAGUGGAGGAGGGGGUGAUCGUGGGUGGGUUGCUGGUGGUGCAGUGCAUCCUCGCCGGAUACGUGGUGUUCGUGGACCAUGUCCUCAGCCUUGGAGCCAACCCGCUGUCCCUCAUCGUCCUCGGCGCCGUCGCCUCCUCCCUCUUCUUCCUUCCCUUCGCCGUCGUCCUCGAGAGGAAGAAAUGGCCUUCCAAGAUUUCUCGCACUCUCAUGGCGCAAUUCGUGUUCAUAGCUCUUGGAGGAACAACGGUGUUUCAAGAACUGAUGCUUCUGGGAAUAAAGAAGACAACACCAGCUAUCGCAUCAGCCAUGCCAAACUUGAGCCCUGGACUCAUCUUCAUCAUUGCGGCUUGUUUCAGGUUGGAGAAGUUUGACAAGGGAUGCAAGUACACAAGAGCCAAGAUACUGGGAACGUUGGUGUGCUUGGUGGGAGCUAUGGCCAUGAGCUUCUUGCAGAGUCCCGUUUCGUCUUCUCCACAACUCACAACAACUAGUUACUAUGACUGGAUCCUUGGUUGCUUCUACCUUUUCCUGGCAGUAGUUGUUCUCUCUAUCUACACGGUGCUCCAGGCAGCGACGUUGGUGAGCUUCCCUGCGCCAUUGACGAUGUGCAGCGUAACAUCGAUGAUGGGCGCCGUCUUCACCGCGAUCCUGCAGUUCAUCGUGGACGGCAAGAUCGACAUGGGCUCGCCGAGAAUCGAUGAAACCAUCAUCUCAACGAUCGUCCUGAUGGGAGGAGGGGUGGUGGGCGGAUGCGUGGUGUUUCAGACAUGGUGCAUCGGGAAAAGAGGACCUCUGCUCGUCUCUAUCUUUGGCCCUGUGCAGACCGUCUGUUCUGCCCUCCUCUCUGCUCUUCUCUUCUCCCAGUUGCUCUGCCUCGGAAGCUUGGCAGGGAUGGUGCUCAUGUUCUGUGGGCUCUACAUCGUCUUGUGGGCGAAGAGCAAGGAAGGUCAUAGUAUUAUUCAUUUGGAAGGUGGCGAUGUUGAGAAGGCUCUUUUAUCCUAAUUAACAACCCACCUUUUCUUUUUCUCUUGUAAUUCUUGUAAGUAUGUACGUAUUAGAUGUAAUUGCAAAAUAGUAGCAGUAGCUCUUUUUUUUUUCUUUCUCUAGGUGUAUCUGUGUCUAGUACAAAAGGUAGUAUUUGUUUGUAGCAAACGUCAGCACAUACUUUUGAGUGCGGAAGAAGAUAGAGUACACUACAGUACCCCUACAUGAGGAAAGAAAAAAAAGGAGUUAGACCAAAUCUGGAUGAGAUUAGGACUGUUGAUGACGAA